GUCUCUCUACUCGAUUAGUUGUGAAGCUAUGGAUACGUAAACCACGCUAUAUUGAGCACUAGCAUUUAUAUAAAUAAAAUACAAAAAAAGUACAAAAAUAGUAUGUUUUGAUUACGGUUUUAUGGCCUACAAUCUAAAUUUGUGAUAUUGGAAUUAUUUAUAACAAAAUAAUAUACAGAACUCGCUCUCUAACUAACUGUGCUCUCUCCUCGUCUCUGUGUGUUUUGUGUUUUCCGUCAACGUCAAAUAUUUGUCGUCGCUCGGAAGAAAAAAUCAAUAUUCGUGCAGCGAGAAAUAAAAGCAAAAACAUACAAAUAUAAAAUAGACUUUUGUCUUGAAUCUCGAAAAAUACUUCAACAAGCAGAGAACUGGUGGGGAAACUUGAGUUUUUCAACAAAAAGAGAAAAAUUGUCAAGUUUGAUACUCGAGAACGUAAAACAACGACAACAAGUAAAACAACAACAGCAGAAUGGCAAAUGUAGCAACCCAAUUGAGAUACAUGCCACCUUGCAGUAGGCCAACAGCGACAGCAGCAACGACGACAACAACAUUGAAUCAACUGGUGGAUCAGGUUGAUAACAGCACCAGUCCGUCGUUAAUCUUUAAAGCGUGUCUGGUCAACAGAAUGAACGAUAAAUAUCAUCGCGAGGACGAACGCCUGCGAACCUUCGACAACUGGCGCGUCGUCUUUCUCGACAAGAAGGAUCUCGCUAUGACGGGAAUGUUCUUUACCAAUCAGGAGGAUAAGGUCAAAUGCUAUUUCUGUGAGGUGGAAAUCGGACGCUGGGAACGCGACGAUCAUCCGGUGCAGGAGCAUCUCCGCUGGUCCCCAAAUUGUCCGUUGUUGCGUCGUCGGACCACCAACAAUGUGCCCAUCAAUGCCGAUGCCCUCGAGCGUGUCCUGCCCCCCAUGAGCUAUGACAUAUGCGGUUCCAACGACAAUCACAGUGCAACCACGGCGCUGGAGGUGCGCGAACACGCCUACUCCGAGGGCCGGCAGAUGAAUGCGCCCAAUUUCAGGGCGGCGAUGCAGUUUGUCGGCGCCCCUGCGGCACCUGCCACGAUGCCCACGAUGAUGCAGUCGUCGGCGGCGGUGGAGCCGUGCAGCCAACGGAUGGCCACACACAAUGGCAAUUACUAUCCCGAGUAUCCGGAGUAUGCCAUCGAGACGGCGCGUCUGCGCAGCUUCGAGGAUUGGCCGCGCAACAUGAAGCAGAAGCCGCAGCAGCUCGCCGAGGCGGGUUUCUUCUACACCGGCGUCGGGGAUCGUGUGCGUUGCUUCAGCUGUGGCGGUGGCCUCAAGGAUUGGGACGACAACGACGAACCCUGGGAGCAGCAUGCUCUGUGGCUCAAGGAUUGCCGUUUCGUCAAGCUGAUCAAGGGUCAGUUGUACAUCGACAUGGUGACAGCCAAGGACAAGGCCAAGCAAGAAGCCACAAGCUCAUCGCUGGCAGUCGAGGAAGAGGAGGAGAAACCGAACUCAAUUCCCAGCAUCGACAGCACACCAUCAUCGUCAUCGUCAGCUGUCACCACAGUGGCUGCCGUUGCUCCCAUGACUGUGGAGCAAGAGCAGACGGAAGAUGUCGCUGGCGAUGUGGCGCCUCCGAGCGCUGCCAAUCGCAUCUUCAACAAGAUCAUCGCUCAAGGCUGUGCCGAUGGGCAAGUUCAAAAGAACUCAACAUCAACAUCCGCUGCCAUUCCCGAGGAGAAGCUCUGCAAGAUCUGCUACGGCGCCGAGUACAACACGGCGUUUUUGCCCUGCGGUCAUGUGGUGGCCUGUGCCAAGUGCGCCUCGUCGGUCACCAAGUGUCCGUUGUGCCGGAAACCCUUCACCGAUGUCAUGCGUGUAUAUUUUUCUUAAACAAUAAUGAGGCUAUGCUCGGGCCAUGUAAUAUACAACAAAUAAAAAUGAUGAAAAACA